CCGUGUAAACAAUACAACUGCCGGCGGCUGCUGACUGACCAAACCCCUCGAAUCAAGAUUUCUAAUGAAGAUAUGGCAUCUCGUGGCCGGACUUACUCAAAACAAGCUGGUGGCCAGACAUCCAAACAGUCUUUAUUUGACAAGCUGAUGGAGAGAGAUCACAAGAGAUCAAAUUUUGAAACUGAUUCUGUGGCAAACAAGAAUCCAAAGAAGACUAAGAAAAGGAUCCCAAAGAAGCAACAGAAGGCUGGAGGCGGUGUGAAGAACCAAUCCAACGACACCUCAGAUGGCAGUUCAGUCCAGUUGUUUUUGGACGUCUCUUGGAAACAGAAAAAGCAGACAAGAUCAAGGGCCAAGCCCUCCACUGGAGAUGGUCACAGCAAAACUAGAGGUAACAAUGUUCCAAGACCCCAGAAGCGAGAAUCGUACAGCACCGUUGAUGAAGACGGGAAAAGUGACGAAGCCACCAGCUCGACCAGUAGCUUGGGUCUGAUGAUUGAAGGGGAAGUUGCCAAUGUGAACAAGAACAGAGGCAAGGCUGAGGCAGGAGUUGCGGAAACGGAAGGGAAGCGGGCGCGUUUGUCGUCUCCUCUUCUGCUACCUGUCAGUGGAUUUUCACGAUCGGGGAAUGCUGAGUGUAAAGAUGUGAGUAAGACGGACAGCCUUGAAAUUCCAAGGAGAGAAGCAGGAUGCGUUUCCCGAGACUGGGCGGUGCUGUCCGCGUCUGACCUUGUGACCCUCGCUGCCAGCGACGGCGACUCCGCGAUGCGGAAGAGGACAGAGAGCCUCGGGUCCACAGAGAAGGAGACUUCCUGGGUCACGGCCAGCUCGAGCCAGAUGAAUUGGAGCAACUCCGGAGAGAUGUGGUACAAAACGGGAAGCUCCUCGUCCCGGUACACCUACUCCGACAUAUCGGCCUACACUUUUGGCACAGAGAGCAGCGCUCCGUCUACUGCGGUCAGCUCCAGCACCCCUGUGGUCAAGCCGCUUCAGACUCGCAGGUUCUGCAACUCCACCACCGUGGAGGGCCGAGAGAGCAUCGGGCGUGUGCAGUUCCCUCCCUUCCUGUCUCCCGUGCUGCCGGACGGAGGUGCUGAGAAUGACGGUCAAAAUCUGAUGGACGAAGACAAUUGUCAGCCAAUCAAUGAGAACAAGAGCCGGCCAAUGGACGAAGACAAGGGUCAGUCGAGGAAGGAUAUCACCGCGGGAAUUGAGCUUUGUCCGCAGGUUCCCCACAGACGUCCGGCCAAAAUGAAAGAGAGCACGCCCAAGGACACGUUCCUCCCAGUGUCUUUCUCGCUGUCGCCCAUCCCUUUGGUCGACCUUGACGAGUCUGUGCUGGGCUGUCGCGAGAGCCGAGAGGUGAACAGCGAGGAGAUCAUCGUGCCCGCCCUGAGGGAGAUCACUGUGCUCAGCGGACACUCGGACAAUGAUGGACAGGGGACGGGAGACCGUGCUCAUGGGGUCGGAGACGGGGACCAGAACGAGAUAGAUCUUCACAAGUCUGUGGAAUCCCUCAAGUCCAUGUUAUUUGAGGAACCUAUGGAACGACUGAAGAAAUCUCUUGGAGGAAUCGAGGGAACAUCUGGUCUUUGUCGCGUUUCUGUUCCUAGGAAGCGUUCGUCUACCCGCACGUCUGCCGCCGCUCACCAGCCAAGUGUCGCCCAGUCGUCCCCCCUUCCUGCUGGGCACACGAGCUCUCCUCUUCUAGCCCAGAAGUCGGGAGGAGUGGAGGAAACAUCCGGUUGUCGUCGUCGCAGUUCGGUUCCCGAGAAAGUGACUGCGGGUCCGUCGUCUGUCGUCGAGUCGAGUGUGGCCACGCCCCCUCCUGCGGUCAACACAAGCCCUCCUCUAGCCGAGAAGAAGUCUUCGGAGGAGGAGCUGGAAGCAUCCGAUUGUUGUUGUCCUAGUUUGGCUCCAGAGAAGCUUCCAGAAGGACCCCUGUCCGGAGUGGUAGGGUCAGGUGUGGUCACCGCCCCUCCUGCUCAUGUGGACGGAAGCUCUCCGCCGGCGCAGAAGUGGAUGGAGCAGACAACACCCACAGUGAAGGCAGCUUGCAGGAAGUCUCUGCCACGCGUGUGCUUCAUCAACGAGCUGUGCAGGAAGAACGUGGCCGAGAAAAGAACAGGCCGGAGCUGGAUCAGGUUGAGGUUCCUUUGACGUGUGACUUACAAUACAUAGGUACAGUCCAGCACACUUAUCAUGAGAUUUCAGUGACUUACAAUACAUAGGUACAGUCCAGCACACUUAUCAUGAGAUUUCAGUGACUUACAAUACAUAGGUACAGUCCAGCACACUCAUCAUGAGAUUUCAGUGACGUGCGACUCACAAUACAUAGGUACAGUGCAGCACACUCAUCUUGAGAUUUCAGUGACUUACAAUACAUAGGUACAGAAGAGUAAUGGGGAGAUGCAGAAGACUUUUUGUUUUGUACCAAUUUGGCUAUGUACACUGUAGGCCUACAUGGUACACAAAUGCAAAGAAAUGUCAAAGAGAGAUUCAGGACGCCCCCACAGGGCAGUGCUACUCACUCAAGUUGUCUUCAGCUGUCCCCGUGGUUUUAUGCACC